AUGCGGGACUCUGCGUCACUAACUCCUCCAAUCGAUACAUUGCUGGAUUUUCCGUCGUCGAUUAGAAUUUUUCAACAUGUUAUGGACAAGAAUCCUAUAGUUGCAAUCGCGUUGCUCUUUCUUCCUUUGACGCAUUGCUCCAUUAGCAAUCCAUUUCUCUCCGAGCCAUUACAUCACAUGUAUCGAUUGCGUCGCAUCUUUUUCGCCGUGCGUAGUGUGCAGCUAGCUUAUGACGAGAGACUUGAACUUGUUGUUGAUCGAGAGCGACAUGAGCAACCAUUUAAUGAGAUUGUGGAAAACGCUAAGAACGUCGGCGGCUGUGGAAAACCAGCGAAGUAUGGACAAAACUAA